AUGGCGGUGGACCCGCCCUCUGACUUUCACGGUCUCGUUCCGGAGCCGGCACCGUGCCGCGCUUCCCGCGCUUCCCGGGCUUCCCGGGCCCGUCGUCGAGCUGUGGUGCCUCUGGACAUCGAUGCGCAUGGCAAGGUGAUGACGAGAGUGAAAGGUCAAAGGACUUCGGAGGAGCCAAAUAAGGUCAAGUCGAAGCGACGACCUUAUCUGAUGAAUUUGUGUGAGUUGAGGCUGGAGAGUUUUCUGAGAACUCAUGGCUUUUCAGAUGCGCACGAAGGCAAGAUGACGGGUUGCCUCUUCAAAGAUUUGGUGUAUCCCAUCCACGUGGCAGCAGAGCUGGGGGCAGCUUGGCGCUUGGUGUUUUUCGCCAAUGCGAGAAAAGACCGUUAG